UGCGAGUCUAUGAACAACACGUGAAAUCCAAAAUGGCUGAUCAGAAUGAAGAAGACACGACUCCGGCGGCAGAUAUUGUCGUUACUAAGUAUAAAAUGGCUGGAGAUAUGGUCAACGGCAUCAUGAAAGAAGUGAUUGCGAAAUGUGUAGCUGGUGAAAAGAUAAACAAUAUCUGUGAGUUUAGCGACAGGAGACUACAAGAAGAAACAAGCAAAGUGUUUAAGAAGGACAAAGAAAUGAAGAAAGGCAUUGCCUUCCCAACAUGUGUGUCAGUCAACAACUGUAUAUGUCAUUUCUCUCCCCUUAAGAGUGAUCCAGAUAAAGAACUAUCUGAUGGAGAUGUUGUGAAGAUUGACUUGGGAGCUCAGAUUGAUGGAUACAUUGCUGUAAUCGCUCACACACUUGUUGUUGGUGCAUCAAAGGAAAAUAAAGUUAAGGGGAGGAAAGCAGAUGUCAUCAUGGCUGCACAUUUAGCUUCAGAAGCUGCCCUCCGGAUAGUCAAACCAGGCAAUGAGAAUAAUGUGGUGACUGAUGCCGUACAGAAAGUUGCUGAAUCAUUUAAAUGUAAACCCAUUGAAGGAAUGCUUUCACAUCUGUUAAAAAAGCAUGUUAUUGAUGGGGAAAAGGCAAUAAUUCAGAAUCCCUCAGAAGCCCAAAGGAAAGAACAUGAAAAGUGUGAGUUUGAGACAUAUGAAGUGUAUGGAGUCGAUGUUUUAAUCAGCACAGGUGAAGGCAAGGGUAGGGAACAGGAGACGAGGACUACAGUGUAUAAAAAGAAAGACAUUAUCUAUCAACUGAAAAUGAAGGCCUCACGACAGUUCUUGAGUGAAGUAGACAAGAGAUUUGGACUGAUGCCUUUUUCUCUACGUUUAUGUGAGGAUGAGAAGAAGGCCAAAAUGGGGGUCGUGGAGUGUGUAAAACAUGAACUGAUGCAACCGUUCUCCGUCCUCUAUGAAAGAGAAGGCGAGUUUGUGGCUCAGUUCAAAUUUACAGUCAUUCUGAUGCCAAAUGGACCUUUAAGAAUAACAGGACUACCAUUUGAUGAAGAAUUAUAUGAAUCAGAAUACCAGGUAGAGGAUGAGGAAAUUAAGGCCCUGCUUUCUCAGUCUGCGUCCAGGAAGGCAGCCAAAAAGAAGAAGAAGAAAGCAGGAAAAUCUAUGGCAGAAUCAGCAGAGAAUGCAGAAGAUUAAAGUUAAAGUCUAAACAAAUUUUAUUGAUGGUGCAUGGAGGACAGACUCCAAAAUGUCGAAAAUUAAAAUAUAUAGAAAAGGACAACUAUACAACUGAAAUUUCGCUAUCAGCGAUACUUUAAAGUGGCUUGAAGAGAGACAAUUUUUUUGUUUUUAAAGAACAUAAAAAACCUGAGUUUCAGAUGUUGAGAAACACGGUCAUUUUCAUCAUAGUCCUGUCCAGUAUAGACGCUAGUCCAGACAUCUGCAGAAUCCACUUAAACAACUUCUUAUCUUAAAUGAGAGUCCUUGUCUCUAUAAAAAAGUGGUUGUUUUCCAAACACCAUAAUCAAAAGUGCUGUAAUAAGUAUUUAUGAAAUUCUUUAAAUGUGAUCUAUUUUUGGGGCUAGUUUUCAAUUUAUUUAAUAAAUGAUUUAAAAUAUAUGUAUUUAUUAUACAUUUGUAGAAUGAAAUGUUAUUUGAAUUUGUAAGCAUUUACCACAGAUACAGUGAUCAUGUAUGUUUCUUAAAUUAUUACGACGUGUAGUUUGUAAGAUCUGGAAUUUGUAAAUCUGCUGAAUAAAUUGAUAUUCUGCUGUCGUGUA